UAUGGCUGCUUUAGAACAGUAGAAGCAUGAUUGCGAUAGUAGUGUGCGUUGCAGCUUGCACUUUCAAACUUUAUUGCUGCGAUCCUUCUCAACAAAUUACAGAAAUAGUGGAGCCUGAACAGAAGGCGACAUCAGCUGUGAUAUUUUUACAUGGAGCAGGAGGAAGUGGCCCGGAAAUCAGAGGAGUUGUGGAAAGCUAUAUAGGUGACCUUUCUCAAUUUGCUAACACCAGAUUUAUAUUUCCAACAGCCAGACCUGCUUCGUUUCCGGCAUUUCCAUGGAAUGGUCAGAUUGUUAACGUAUGGUUCACCUUUAAUUCAAUUGUCGAAAAUUAUAUUUUUAAUUCUGAUGAAAUGGAAAAUUCUGUACAACAGCUUGAAAGACUGGUGGAGGAACAGGUAGCUUCAGGAAUACCUCACAGGAAUAUUUGCUUGGUCGGCUAUUCUUCUGGUGGUAUGAUGUCUAUAUACUUUGGCUAUGGAUAUGCUAGAAACUUAGGAUGUAUUGGAGCUAUCUCUUCCUACAUAGCAUCUAGCUCUGAUAUAUAUGAGGAAAUACCCAAACAAGGAAAUAAUACAUGCCUAAGACUUCCUCCCUUUUACAUCUAUGCAGGAGCCUUGGACUGCCUUACUUUGCCAAACUGGAUCACGGCAAUGGCUAACAGACUGGAGAACAUUGGAAUACCAGUCACCUAUUUCUUUCAGUGGACUGGAACCCAUUUCAUUAACAAGGACGGUGUUGUAGGUUUAUUUCAAUUUAUUAAAAAAUCAAUUUUAUGAUUGCUUUGAGAAAUUCUUGAUUGUCAUAAAAAGUCGCCAUUAUUAAGUUUGAAGUAUAGACUACUCACAGUUAAGCAUGAAUUCAAUUAAACAUAAACUAUUUAAAA